UUUCAUUUUCACUGAUUUGUUGAGGUUAGCUGAUUUUCUUGCAAAACAUGAUUAAUUUGAGAAAAUCUUAAUUGCACAACAAUAUUUCCACCUGAUAACCAUAAUAGCACCGUACAUUAAAUCUAAACUAUGCCACGUGAAUGGUAUUAGAUUAUUCAUAUUCCAUCCAUAUGUUACGUGUUUUGUAAUACCUUAUUUAUUUCAUAAUAUUUGUAAUUUAAUUCAAAAUGACUACAAAAUCGGAAAUAGUAAAAACUAAGACGGUGAGAGUGUACGAAUUAGAUGAUUUUGAAAAGCUGCUCAAAGGCCUGAGGGUGGCUGCUUGUAUGAUAACAGAAUCUCAUCAAGUUGUGGAUGAAGCAAGUGUGAUGAAGCGUCUAAGCGCACUAACCCUCAAUGGUCCAGCGGAUGGAAACUGCUGUUCAUGCUGUGGAGUGGGUCCGUUUGAAACGCGAGCUCAGCAAACUGCCCAUUAUAAAAAUCACUGGCACACCCACAAUUUGAAGAGGAAGCUGUAUGGGAAAGCUUCUUUGACUUUGGGGCAGUUUAAUUCAAGAAAUGAUGAUUCAAGUGUAUCUGGCAGUGAUUCGGAGACUGAAGGCACUACUGCCAACCCUGCCAGUGAUCUGUUUGCAGCUGCCACCAGACAUUGCAAGGCAUUCUAUACCAACCAUAAGGGCAAGGUUUUCUGUAUAUACAGGUGUAUAUUGCAUCAUAAGAAGGAGGAGCUAUCAACAGAUGGGGAAGGUUAUGCCUGGGUAGAGCGGUGCCAACGUUUGGCCAUCCCGGGUUUCCAGCGUUGGGCCAUCUUGAUGGUGUCCGGGGGCCACUUCGCCGGGGCCAUCUUCUCUGGGGCUGUGGCAGUGGUCCAUAAGACUCAUCAUUCAUAUGUGACUCGAAGGGGACAGGGACAGGCGCAAGUGAAUAGGGACCAGCAUGGCAAUGCUCCUAGAUCUUCAGGUGCAAGUUUGAGAAGAUACAACCAGGCUCAGUUUUUGCAGCAUGUCCAAGAUAUCAUAGCUGGAUGGAUAGAAGACCUAAAAGGUUGUUCUAUUAUACUCUACCGCGCUGUGGGAUCAAUCAACCAAUCCGCACUAUUCGGCAAGAACUCCCCGUUGACACGCGAAGACAUGCGCGUUAGGGCGUUGCCUUUCCCCACGCGCAAACCCACUUAUAAAGAAGUGAAGAGGGUACAUGAAACUGUUGCAAGUGUGGAGGUUUAUGAAACUAUGGAGCUAUUCCAAAAGGCAUUGAUCGCGUCAACUAGCAGAACAGCUAUUAAAACCGGCUCCGAAACGAAUGUCGACCGGAACAAGAAAACGCCCAAGAGUCCCACCAAACCCAUCGAUAGGGCUAAAUCGAGGGAACGUGCACCCCGCGAACUUCCAACACAAAUAGUAUCAAGCGAAGACGAAGGACCAUGUUUUAUUGACUUAGAGACCCCAGCGGGCUGGAUUAAGACGCUCUCAGAGCAAAGCGCCAACGGCGUGAUCACUAACUCUCGGAAAGACCUCCUGAACGAUUGUGCUAUAGACUGCUCCUCUGACAGCGACCAGGAAAAUGUGUCAGAGAGAAAGGAGCAUAGAGUGAAAGUGAAAAAGAAAAAAAAUGUGGAUGAUAAACCAGUGAAGAAAGCUCCUGUGAAAAUAUCGGCGAAUGUUAAAAAGAUGUGGAAAUUAAUAUCGGGCAAGGAUCAAAACUCGUUAGAGACUAUUCUGGAAGGUUUCGAGUCCGCAGAGUUGGAAGCGGCUUGCAACACUCAAGACCCUGUGGAUGGCAACACUGCGCUACACAAGGCCGCCAUUGCAGAAAAACCUGAAAUGGUCACUGAAAUCCUCACGGCCGGCGGUGACCCGUGUAUUCGCAACCACGCGCUGCAGACACCUUACGCCGCAUCGCCACACAACGGUACACGUAUCGCCUUCCGGAUGUUCCAAGCACAGUUUCCGGAAAAGUACAAUUAUAAUAAGUCUCAAAUCCCCGGUCCCAUUACUCCGGAGCAGUUGGAACAAGAAAGAGAUAAGAAAGCGCAGCAGAAGAAGGCGAAGCGACAGCGAGAGAAAGAGAAGCAAGCGGAGAAGAACAAAGUAAACAAAUUCCUGCAGAUGACUGACGCGCAAAAGGUGAAAGCGGACCUCAUGAUGUGUUUCCUCUGCGGGUCUAACCUGACCAGACCUCCGUUCGAGUACGACAGCUACCAGUUCUGCUCCAUCAAGUGCCUGCAAAACCAUCGGAAUCUUAGGCCCUUGCAUAAGAGCGCGUAGAAUCAAAAUAGCAAGUUUU